AUCAACGAGUUGCCAUUUGGGGCUCAAGGUCAGAGCCCAGAGCAGCCAUCACAAUAGCGUCCAACAGCUGGAACGCCAGCGGCAGCCCCGGGGAGGGGCGAGAAGAUGGACAGGAAGGGAUGGAUAAGAGUCUGGACAAUGAUGCCGAAGGAGUGUGGAGUCCAGACAUUGAACAGAGCUUCCAGGAGGCACUGGCGAUAUAUCCACCCUGUGGCCGGCGUAAGAUUAUCCUCUCAGAUGAGGGCAAGAUGUAUGGUCGCAAUGAAUUAAUCGCAAGGUACAUCAAGUUACGGACAGGGAAAACACGGACAAGGAAACAGGUGUCCAGCCAUAUACAGGUUCUAGCUCGGAAGAAGGUGCGAGAGUACCAGGUUGGCAUUAAGGUCUCUAGCCACUUGCAGGUUCUAGCCAGACGGAAAUCUCGUGAGAUUCAGUCCAAACUGAAGGCUAUGAACUUGGAUCAGGUCUCAAAGGACAAGGCUCUGCAGAGUAUGGCUUCCAUGUCAUCUGCACAGAUUGUCUCUGCCAGCGUCCUGCAGAACAAGCUCAGUCCCCCUCCGCCACUCCCUCAGGCUGUCUUCUCUGCUGCUCCCAGGUUUUGGAGUGGGCCUAUCCCAGGACAGUCUGGACCUUCUCAGGACAUUAAACCUUUUACACAACCAGCCUACCCCAUCCAGCCACCCAUGCCUCCAUCACUAGCCAGCUACGAGCCCCUGGCUCCUCUCCCACCUGCUGCCUCGGCUGUGCCAGUCUGGCAGGACCGUACGAUCGCCUCCACCAAGCUGCGACUCCUUGAGUAUUCAGCAUUCAUGGAAGUGCAGCGUGACCCAGAAACGUAUAGCAAGCACCUCUUUGUGCACAUUGGGCAGACUAACCCCUCCUACAGUGACCCCCUGCUGGAGGCAGUGGACAUCCGCCAGAUCUAUGACAAGUUUCCGGAGAAGAAAGGUGGCCUGAAGGAGCUCUAUGAGAGGGGGCCUCAGAACUCCUUUUUCCUAGUCAAGUUCUGGGCGGAUCUGAACAGCACCAUUCAGGAUGGUCCUGGUGCUUUUUAUGGCGUGAGCAGUCAGUAUAGCAGUGCAGAAAACAUGACCAUCACAGUCUCCACUAAGGUGUGCUCCUUUGGAAAGCAAGUAGUCGAGAAGGUGGAGACUGAGUAUGCAAGGAUGGAAAAUGGACGGUUUGUGUACCGGAUCCAUCGGUCCCCUAUGUGCGAGUAUAUGAUCAACUUCAUCCAUAAACUCAAACACCUCCCAGAAAAAUACAUGAUGAACAGUGUCCUGGAGAAUUUCACCAUCCUGCAGGUUGUUACGAACAGAGAUACCCAGGAAACCUUGCUCUGCAUAGCCUUUGUUUUUGAGGUCUCCACCAGCGAACACGGUGCUCAGCAUCAUGUAUACAAGCUGGUCAAAGACUAGAGGCCCUAAUGGGGUAACAAGGCAGUUUGAUAGAGGAGAGAAGUCUUGUCAAGAGAUGCCACCCGUAUAGGAUGCCUUGACGCCACAAGUCUUUUAAAAGCAAGCAACAACAAAAAAUGCCAAAAAGGACUGUUUCACAAUCACAGAUGUUUUCUACUUAGGAACAAUUUUUAAACAAAAAAAAAUACAGGAAACCCUAAAGUCGAAGGAGUUAUAUCUGAAGGCAGCAGGGGCAGGGACUGUCCCUGGGGGCUUAGGUCAUCAGUAUUUCAGGAGGCAUUGAAGCUAAGGCCUAGUACCUCUGGAGGCCUUUCCCAGCACGAAGUACUACAACAGCAUCUGGGAAAAUGUGACUGUCACCCUCUUCUUAAUACCUGAACGUGCCUGUUUUUUGUUUUUUUUCUUGCUGAGAGUUGGAUUCUGUCUUCAAACCCAAAUUAGCCCGGUGUCUUUCAUCUGCAGAAAAGACUUGGUGCAGAAGCACUGAGGAUGUGUUCUGAGAAGCGAAGGGAAGUCAGGUGCUGCCUUGCUUAUGCAACUGGUACCCGUUCUGCUCUGGAAACUGACAAUGAAGACUCUUCUUCAGUCUCUUGCCACAGGCUGUGUGCAGAGGCAGCACAGGGAAUUGGCAGAUUGCAUUUUGCAGUGGCACAUACUCAUUUGGUUAAUUACAAGAAAGUGAUUUUGUUCCCAUGGGGUCCUAGGCAUUUUCUGUUGCAGAAUCUGACCUGCCACUGCAUCUUUUGUUAUAGUGCUGGAGGGGAAAGCACUAGCGGGUAGUUGUUGCAGGAGUGUGGCAACUCUACACCCUUGUCCCAGUCAUUUGGGUCACAUAUGGGAGUGUGGCUGCAGAAUGAAUGAGUGUAUUUGUGUUAGCCCCAAUUAAAAGAGGGGGCUCUUAAGUGUCUGUGAGAUCUGUAAAAGGGUAGAGUAUGUUUUAGGAGAAAGAAAAGGAGGGCUUAGCUGGAGAAAAGCAAUUCAGGAAGCUAUUGAUAAAAGAGAAUGCAGGUUGAAGAUAAGCAGGCUGGUUCUGUUUGGGCUGUAAGAUGAAUGGUGGUUUGGAGAAACAUUUGGGCUGGUGAAGCUUGAGGGAUAAAUCCAUGGGUUUUUAACCAGCUGUUGAUGAAGCAUUUUAUAUCUGCCAUGCCAGAACAAUAUGGGAAAAGCUUAGACCAAAGUUAUUGCUUUCUGGGCAUUGUUUUGGUGAGAUAUUUGUUUUUCCCUUCUGCUUCACUGUUAGUAGUUACCCAAGACAGGAGGACAGGCUGUGAAUUGUCUUUCUCCUGUAUUCUAUACUUCUCCGUUAGUAUAUCGUUGUGUGGGUGACUAGAACCAAAAUGAGAAUUGAAUAAUCUGGAAGCCCAAAUCCAGGGACAUGCUGACAAAAUGGAAUGGCAUACAAUUUGGGUAUACCCUUGUCAUUAGAGGGCUGCAUUGCUUGGAAUACUGGGGAAAGUUUCAGUGGAAGGUUUCAGUAUGAACAUGAGCCUCUGUUCCUUCAUCCUGGAGUAUAAUCCAAUGGGCCCAUAAUUUAAAUUGGUGCUUUUAGGAAUCCUGUUACAUGAAUAGUGCCAAGACCUCAGUGCCCUCACUGCACAUGGCACUUCCAGGGCUCUGGCCCAUAGGUUUUAGCUAUACUUUGUUUGUCUUAAAUGCUUAGCUUGUAGUUUUAAAUACUAGAAGAACUAACAGAAUGUAUGGUUUGUGCCAUUUUCUACAAUUGAACUUUUCUUAUGUUGUCCUUCAGCUUUUCCUUGGCUACAUUGCCCUUUUUAAAAGUUGGUUGAGUUGCUUCCCCCUCCCCCCAUACUUACUCUGUUUAUAGUUCUAAUCAAAUUGAUCAGACUUGUCUCCAUUCAAUGUUCUGUGACAAAGCCAGUGGCCUUCCACCGGGGUGCCCCAAAACAUGUCCUUGACAAAAGUGUCAGAAAGCUAUUACUACAGGGAGGGAAAGUAUAAGGAAGAUUGCCAUGUCAAGAGGGAAUUAAAAUGUUCAGGCCUGCCUGCUUCUCCAAAUCCUAAUACCUGUGUCUGUCUGCUGUUAAAUGGAAUCUAUUCUAAGGUGCUACAAAGAGAGGCUUCACCUCCAGAACGAUUUUCAAAGUGGCAUCAAUAUGUGUGGGAUGCCACCCCCACCCAAAAAAAGAAGAGGCAAUGAGAGGAGUUGGGGAUUCAGGAUUGUAUUGGAAAGAAAAGUCUGCUAAUAGAAGAACAGUGACACCGAAGAAGCAAAACAUUUGGUACAUAUCCUUAGAAGUUUGGGUAUAAAAGUCAGUCACCUGUUAAACUGUAGUAGUUACCCAAGACAAGAGGACAGGCUGUGAAUUGUCUUUCUCCUGUGUUCUAUCCUUCUCCGUUAGUAUAUCCUUGUGUGGGUGACUAGAACCAAAAUGAGAAUUGAAUAAUCUGGAAGCCCAAAUCCAGGGACAUGCUGACAAAAUGGAAUGGCAUACAAUUUGGGUAUACCCUUGUCAUUAGAGUCACCUGUUUUUGUUGUUCUGAAAAGUUUCUUUCCUUAUAUUUACUUGCCGUUGUCUGCCUUAGAAAGUAGGAGGUGAGGUUAUGGAGACUGACCUUUUAAAAACAAAAGUCUUGAUGUUCUACUUUUCCUAGCUGAUAUGGAUUAGCACAUGUUUCAGUUACUUGGACAGUCAUCUUUGCCUGAAGGACCAGGAACAAAGGCAUUGCUUGACCCAGACUUAGAGUAGCAGACUAAGAAAGUUCCUACAAGUCUUUGGACAGUCACUUGAAAGCAAUAUGCAGCCUGUUGUGCUAUGCAGCGACACCAUGAGAGUAGUCUCCCAACUUUUUUGAAGGACAUUUUUAAUUCAAGUAAGAUUUUUCUGUGAAGUGUUUUUAAUUGAUGCCACCCAAGGACUUCUGGGAAACUCCACCAGGACAUUGAAAUGAACACUCCUCUGUAUUAUAUCAGACCCCCUGAAAUGGGAAUGGUACGUGGGGCUACUUUGGUGGUACAGCAAGUUAUGCACAGCUUAGGAACAGUGCCUUGUUUGCAAUGUGUGCUGCACUGGUAGGGGAUGAGCAAUGGGUGCUGAAAGUCCCAGGAACCACUUGGUAGCAGAGUUCAGAUGAGCAUCUCUUCUGCUCCCUGCCUCCAAUAAUAUGUUGAUCCUGCUGCACAGUCUUCCUGGGCAAAGCGGACUGGUCACAUGCAAGAUUGUAUGUGAUUCUUCUGUGUAGCUGGUCUCUGGAGUGCCAUCACACUGUAGUGCCAGCUCAACAUUCAGGUACGUUUGGAGAUCCCUUGUGCAGAGGUACAGCAGCCUUGGAAUCAACUAACCGCUGUAGUAAUGAAAAUGGGAGGAUGCAUAAUUAGAAAGGGGGCGGGAUGUUGAAUUCCUUUUCCAUUACAGCCAAGAUCUCUGUGUUUGCAAGGAGGAGAGGGCUGGUUACUUUAUAUGUAGCAUGUUUAUUUUCAUUCCUAGAUUUAAAAACUCUGGGAGGUUAAGGUUAAAACUUUCCUGUUCUCCUGAGCCUGUGUACACUAAAAAUAUCCCUUUUCUGCUAAUCAUGCCUUUUAAGAGAGGAGCCACAUGCAUGCACACACUCAUACACCACCACCACAGGGCAGACUUAAGUGUACAAAUGUGGGAGAGUAAAGCGGGACUCUAGUCUUGCCUAAUGCCACUUUUCUUAAUAUAUAAACAACUUCCUUGUAUUUUAUCCACAGUCAUCUUUAGAGAUUGGCUUUGGAGUCUUUGGUAUACCCCCUCCCUUAAACUGGACUGUACUACAUUUCGCCUUCUUUUUCACUCCAAUGUCAUAUUUCUGUGCAACAUGCACUUAAGUCCCACCCCCAGCCUCCCUGCUGCAGAAUCCCUUCACCCUUUGGCCCCUAGCUUACAGGCACAAAUGUACAUGCAAACCACUGCCCAUUUUAUUUUACUUCUCCAGCAAAGAAUGGCAGCAUGGCUAAGGAAAUGCCAGCUGUGUGGAUCUCUCUUAGCCAGACAUAACACAAGUACCCCAAAAGUCACUAACCAAGUCUCCCCCCCCCACAUCCCAUGUAUUUAUGAAUUUCACAUGAAGUACUGUUUUAUUUUUUUAAAGACUUUUUAAAGCUUACCAGGGUUGUGGUCAUCUUUCUAGAGCUGUCAGUCCACAGUGUAAAACCUUUUUUUAAAAAAAAUGUAUUAUAUAUUUUGUGUAUUUUUUUUAAUCCAGCUGUGAUGGGUUGUAUCAUAUAAUGUUGUGUUUACUGUAUGUCCAUCUUCAAAUAGAUGAGACAGUGGAGCUCCUAAAAACCUAUGGUCUGCUGAAAACCAUUAAACACAUUUGUUCAUGGGUUGGCUGAAA